UCUAAAUCCAACAAACGGUACACCAGAAGCUUUCCGAGGGAGAGUAGAAUUUGUACCAACGGUUUCCACUGUCCCUCUCUGUUUCCAUAAUUGAAACCACUUCACCUUGCACUUUAUUCUGAAUACGGUAAUUUUCCUUCUUUUGGAAUGAAAACAAAACUGUUUCAAGUUUCCAGGAGUUGUGGUGGAGAGUGAAGUAAAAGCCAGGAAAACUAUAGUCAGCAACAGUUCUCCUGCAGAUACUGUGUUUGAAAUAGUUAACAGAAGUUUGCCCAAACAUUUCACUUUUGAGUUUCUGAAAUGUGUAGUACAGAGAAGAGCCUUCUGACUCCAGCAAUUCAUUACAAAGUCCAAUACAGGAGUGAGAACAUGAAUAAUUCUGUUAAAGAGGAACCUGCUACAGAGCCUCCCACUCCUGUUGUACAUCCAGAAGAAGCAUCAGUUAGCAAGAUUUCCACGAUUGGAGGAAAUUCUUUAAAACAAAUGUUCAACGAAGAUAAUGUAGAAGGUCAGGUCACUCCAAUUAGAUCUAGUGAAGUCUUUGUCAGCAAGAGGCGGAAGCAAAGGAACAUAGGGACUGAUGCAACUGUAGUUGAUUCUCCUGAUUGGCUUCCGAAAGGAUGGAUAACAGAAAUGAAAUGCCGUGAAACUGGCUCAACAGCAGGGACAAGGGAUAAGUAUUAUUUUGACCCUGUUUCUGGCCACCGAUUCCGAUCUAAGCCUGAUGUAUUGCGGUACUUACAUACUGGAGAAAUUACGAAGAAACAAAAGUCUAAACUGCUUGGAAGUGGGAAUAGUGAAUACCAAUGUUAUCCUCUGCCUUCAGCUGAUGAUUUAAAUCUGCAAUUGCCUGAUAUCAACUCUUCAUCUGGAGUGCCCAGCAAUGUCACAAUUGAGAUCAAUUUAUCUGUUCCUACACACGCACAGAAAGAUGUAGAUGAAUCAACCUGCCUACAAAAUAGAAAGCCUUAUAUCCCCACGUCCAAUGGUAUUAAAGUUGAAGCAUUGCAACCCCUUGAAGUUGCCAAAGCUGCAGUGCAAGAUCUCUUACCUGAAGAAAACGGCAAAAGGAGAACUUUGAACACUGAGUGCAAGAUGGAUAUGAAGCGAAAACGUCAUCCUAUCUUGGAUAUAGAAUCGUGCAAAGAGGAAAAGGAAUGCGCAAAACAUGAAUCGCAGCAUAUUAGUAUGAGCAAAAUUCUGACACCAGAUUAUUUGGGAAAUAAAGUCAAGAGAAGAAAACAAAAUGACCAUUUGGCUGGAGCAAAAAUGUCACAUAUGGCUAUGAAAUCAAAUAAAAUUCCAGAUGAUACUGUUCAGGGGCCCACUGAGGCAAGUUUUGCCUUUCCAUCUGUAACUUGUACUCAGCACCUUACUGGCAAUCAAGAACAAAACAUUUGUAGCUUACAAAAUUCAGCAAAACAUGAUGGAACUGAUGCUUUCAAUGUAACAAUGAAGGCUGAUCUUGUUUCGAACACAGGACAAGAAUAUGCAACAGACAAACCACCAGAAGUCAGUAUAUUGUCUAUACAAGGCCAAGGCAAGCCUAGUGAGCCUAGAAUGUCACCACCAAUACUUGAUGGCAAUUUAUAUCGUUACAAUCAACCAUCUUGCCUUGACAUGUUAGUGGGAAACAGUGUUGUUAACAUUGGUUCUUGUUCUGCUACUCCAGGACCAUCAAAGGUUGUUCCUGUUCCAGAUCCACCCAGUCCACGUUCUGUUUUGCAGACCAAACAGCCUUUUAAAUCACAGAAAAGAACUAAAAAGCUGAAAGUCUGUCCUCAAGAAAUGAAAAGGCAUCUGGUUGCACUGGGUAGAAAAUUAUGUCGAAAAGUUAUCAAACAAAAUCGGCAUUUGCCACAAACCUCAUCUGAACCUCAUCUGCACCUAUGGAUUUGAAGUCCCAAUGAUAACGAUUUGUUGUUGUUAAGAUAAUCUUUUGUGAAACAGAAUUCUAUUGGAUAACAAUCCAACCUUAGCCUAUAUUUCCUGUUCUUUGGGAAAGAUAAUAUGCAUUACAGGAAUCAGGUACUCGCUAAUUGGUAUGGUGUGUUCUCGAAAGUGUAAUUGUAUUUCCCUUAAAAUUAAAAGGGGCGUGUAUUCGAUCAAUUCUUUUGUUUUUUUGAUUCACGGCCACAAGCUGGAGUACAAUUUGGCAGGCUUAAAGCCAGGUAGCAAAUGGUCAAUGUUUAUUUUAUUGGACUGGAUAAGAUCAUUUCACCUAAUGCACUGGUGAAAAUUCAUCUUCAUUGGCAUUAAUGCAGGUGCGUGCAACCAUUUAUUUGGCUGGAUGCUAAUUCAAAUUUCAUUCAAAUUAAGGAGAGUAACUUUUGCUUACAAAUUAAAGACUAGAAAUUUUGCAGUCUUGAAACUUAAAGAACAGAGAGCUGGUAUGCCAUUCACAAUUUUUUGGGAGCUUAACUUUUGUCCUACUAUAUGCAAACAGCUCUCUCGUUUUACAUAGCAAGGGCAAAAGACCGUGACCUCUAUUAAAAAAAAAUGUACUUGCCUCCUAAAUGAAACACAUUUCAGCACAGUCUACUAUC